AUGAGUCUCCACACAACCAACAACAUACACUUAAUUGCUAGAAUGCAAAUAGGCACGGUGGUUCUGGCGGAGUUCAGUGCCGUCACCGGCAACACAGGCGCCGUCGCUCGUCGGUUACUCGAGAAGCUUCCUACCGAAUCGGAUUCCAGACUUUGCUUCUCUCAAGAUAGAUAUAUCUUCCACAUACUCCGAUCCGAUGGCCUCGCGUACCUUUGUAUGGCCAACGACACCUUCGGAAGACAAGAGGAUUAUAACAGAUUAAGACCUUUGAGUUAUCGUGGUGCCGAUGUUUUCAUUUUGGCUUUCUCCCUCAUUAGCAAAGCCAGUUAUGAAAAUGUUUCCAAAAAGUGGAUUCCAGAGUUGAAGCAUUAUGCACCUGGUGUUCCCAUUAUUCGGGAUGACAAGCAGUUCUUUGUUGACCAUCCUAAUUUAGAACUAUUUUUGACACGGGCAAUGGAGAAACUUGACAUUCAGAGAUAUACCAGGGAAGCUGGUUUGAGAAAUUUGACAAGUAUUUUAUAUCUGUGGAUUCCAGAGUUGAAGCAUUAUGCACCUGGUGUUCCCAUUAUUCUGGUUGGCACUAAGCUUGAUCUUCGGGAUGACAAGCAGUUCUUUGUUGACCAUCCUGGUGCUGUGCCCAUUACCACUGCUCAGGGAGAAGAGCUUAGGAAGCUGAUCAAUGCACCUGCUUAUAUUGAAUGCAGUUCUAAAUCACAGCAGAAUGUGAAAGCAGUCUUUGAUGCAGCCAUAAGAGUUGUCCUUCAACCACCAAAGCAAAAGAAAAAGAAGAGUAAAGCACAAAAGGCCUGUUCGAUAUUGUGA